GGGCGCGCCCGGCCCGGGGCGGGCGGGAUCCGGUGUCGGCGGCAGCUGCCAGUGCGGCGGGCGCGGGCGCGGAGCGAGCGGCCCGCGGGGCCGGCUAUUAAUAACGCGGCCGCCCAGCCCGGGGUCGCGCAGCCAUGGCCAGCCCGGAGCCCCGGCACGGCGGGGACGGCGCCGCCCAGGCCGCGAGGGAAACAAGAGCAGAAGCCAGUUCUCCUCUUGAAGAAGAGAACUCUGAAUCCCCCCCUGAGGUGGGGACUUUGGACCCAGAAGUGAGUCUGUCUUUGAAGGGGACCUUGAACUUAGAGGACAUUCUCUUCCUGGGGGACAAAGGUGACCUCGAUGAGAUAGAUGAGACACUGUGUGUGGAAGAGACGGAGAAGCCCGAGGAGACACUGCACAUCGAGGAGACCAGGCAGCCAGGGGAGGCCCUGGAUGUGGACGAGCCUGCGAAGCCAGAGGAGAUCCUCUAUGUGGAAGAGCCCGCGAAGCCAGAAGAGACCACAAGCCCAGAGCAGACCGGUGAUGGGGGAGAGACGGGCAUGAGCGAGGAGACAGCUCGCCCUGAGGAGGGCCUCAGCGCCGGGCCUAGUCCCAGCACAGACGGUCUGAGCAUAGAGGAUCUGGAACUGCUGGAGGAGCGUUUCCAGCAGUGUGUCCAAGCUGUGGCCCAGCUGGAAGGGGAGAGGGACCAGCUCAUCCACGAGCUGGUGUUGCUCCGGGAACCAGCCCUGCAGGAGGUGCAGCAGGUCCACCAGGACAUCCUGGCUGCCUACAAGCUGCACGCCCAGGUGGAGCUGGAGAGGGACGGGCUAAGGGAGGAGAUCCGGCUGGUCAAGCAGAGGCUGUUCAAGGUGACCAAGGAGUGUGUGGCCUGCCAGUACCAGCUGGAGUGCCACCGGCAGGACGUGGCCCAGUUUGCCGAGCUCCGGGACGCGCUGACCACCCGGGCAGCCCAGCUCUCCGAGGAACUGGUCCAGCUCCGGGAGGCCUACCGGAGGCAGAAGGAGCAGCUACGGCAACAACUAGAAGCCCCUCCAAGCCAGAGGGACGAGCACUUUCUCCAAGAGAGCCGGCGGCUCUCUGCCCAGUUUGAGAACCUCAUGGCCGAGAGCCGCCAGGGCCUGGAGGAGGAGUAUGAGCCUCAGCUGCUGCGCCUUCUAGAGAGGAAAGAAGCUGCGGCCAAAGCUCUACAGAAAACCCAGGCCGAGAUCCAAGAGAUGAAGGAGGCUCUGAGAUCCCUGCAAGCAGAGGCCCGGCAGCUCCAGCUGCAGAACAGGAACGUGGAGGAGCAGAUCAGGCUUGUGAGGCACAAGCGAGAUGAGGAGGUGCAGCAGUACCGGGAACAGCUGGAGGAAAUGGAAGAACGACAGAGGCAGUUAAGGAGCGGGGUGCAACUCCAGCAACAGAAGAACAAAGAGAUGGAGCAGCUAAGGAUCAGCCUUGCUGAAGAGCUCUCCACUUAUAAGGCUAUGCUACCCAAGAGCCUGGGACAGGCUAACGCUCCCACUUCUCAGGCAGGUGGAACCGAGACACAGUCUCAAGGUGAUCCUUGAGGAUGGGCUGUUUAGAAACGUAUGGCCGAAUCUGUAACCCAGAAACAAAAAACCUUUUAGUAAAGGAUCACUAAGUACCCUUUGGACAUACUUUUUUUCCAGAGAAGGGAGUGCCAAGGACUUGGCAAGCAAUUCACCCUGGGAAAGUUACAAAUACUGGCUGACCUGUUUUAAAUGAACCUUCUGUCCUCUGGCAGCAACUCCCAUGUGCACAGAGUAAAUGAUGGAUGUAUGGACACUUUAGUGUUGUGAAGAAUAUAUCUUGCCUUGUGUUGACCCAAAACUUUUUGGAGCAUAGGUAGGGUCAAAAGGCAGCAGAUUUUCAUGAUAUGGGUUUACAAUUUGAAUUAUUUUGUGCCAUGAGUGUUAGACUUUAAAGUGAAUCCUUUUACAAAGUUUAAGUCUGUGUGGAUUCCUACAGUUUACUCCUGUGUCAAGGUAAUUUUCACUACACUCAGAACUACUGACUUGGAAAAAGAAACCAAUCUAGAUUUGAACCUAAAGGUUUAAGGAUAUUCAGAUUUCCCCAAAGACUGUGCCUCAUGAAAAUGAUUUUGGGUCAGAGUGAUGUACUCCGUUAAACUGAGUGACUGGCAAAGAACCAGGCAUUUUAUCUGGUUAUGGCACUUGGUGAUAAAGACUUUCAAGGGCCUAUUAUUUCUAACCUCUAAAUACAGGCUCCAGUGAAAAACAUACUGGGGGGAGUCAACCUCUCUAUGGGAAAAGGUUCAAACACCUUUUCCAAAUAUAAAGUCUGCCUUAAAUGCUCUCUGCCACAUUGCCUUUGACAGUCUUGGAAGUCCACGUAGUUCUCUAGGGACAGACUUCAAAAAGAUGUUAUGUUAUCAAAGACUAAUCUGUGUACCUCUGGCUCAGUGUUUCAUGUCUUGCACUUUCCCUGGGAAGGAGUAAAGCUCUUUUCUAUAGCUCUGGGUCUAUUAUAUUUAAUUCUGCUCUUGAUAGUUGAAGACCAUACACAGUAACUGUCCUCUGAACAACUCUUCAAGAAGCCAGACUGGUGUUUGAUGAAUGUUGUAUACCAAAUAAAACCCAUCAGCAUGGGGUUACUUAGAAAAGCAAUUUAUUCCAUUAUAAGCACUUACACAGUUAGUCAUGGAGAGUAACAGGCCUGCUGGUGAAACAGGUCACCCAAAAUAGAGAUGGUACCAAACUAGUGGUCAAAGACUAACUCCUAAAAAAAAAAAAAAAAAAAAAAAAAAAAAAAGCAACUCUUAUCCAGGAUUAAUUUAAUUUUAAAAACAAAUACAAG